UGGCCUGUUGGUGGUGGAGUGCGCAUGCGCUAGGGCGGGCGGCACGAGGUGUUUUCGCGGGUCUAACGGUUCGUAAUUGGAGGGCGCGAGGCAGCGAGUGAGGGCGGUUGGUGAUAACGGCAGGCAGCUGUGGAAGACUUUUUUUGUGGCAGAUUAAAAACCUCCCACGUUUCUGACCUCCUCCUGGAGGUUUUAAGUGGACUAAGGGAGGUCUUAUUCUCAGGAGCAUCCUGAGGGCCACUGGACAGAGGUGACUAGCAGGGUCAGUGAUAGCACGAUCAGAAAGAGGCUAAUUGGCACAAGAUAAGAGGGAUUAAUUCAGAAUGACUGCUGGGAAAGCUAUGAUUGGGAAGCUAGCCCCUGAUUUUGAAGCCACUGCUGUGAUGCCAAAUGGGCAAUUUGAGCAACUUAAACUGUCUAAAUACAGAGGAAAAUAUGUAGUCUUCUUUUUCUACCCACUUGAUUUCUCCUAUGUGUGCCCAACUGAGAUUAUCGCUUUUAGUGAUCGUGUAGAAGAUUUCAACAAAAUUAAUUGUGAAGUAAUUGCUGCUUCUACAGACUCCCAUUUUGCUCAUUUAGCUUGGAUCAACACUCCAAGAAAGCAAGGAGGACUUGGUCCAACAAAAGUUCCUUUAGUAUCAGACCUUCGUCGCACAAUCUGUGCAGAUUAUGGUGUUUUAAAAGAUGAUGAAGGCGUUGCUUUCCGAGGUUUGUACAUCAUUGAUAAUAAUGGUAUUCUGCGCCAGAUCAUGAUCAAUGACCUUCCUGUUGGGCGUUCAGUGGAUGAAGUCAUGCGGCUUGUUCAAGCAUUCCAAUUUACAGAUGAGCAUGGUGAAGUUUGUCCUGCUAAUUGGAAACCUGGUGCUGACACCAUCACACCCGAUGUAGAAAAAAGCAAGAAUUACUUUGCAAAACAGAAAUAACUUCUGGUUUGUUUAUGGUUCAUUGUGACCAAUAUAGAAUAUUAGACUGUUAAUUGUGUAGCUGAAAUAAGAGUUGUUUUUAGUGAGCAGAUAUUUUGCUGCUGUUUGCUGAGACCAAAACUGAUAAGUAUGAGCGUACAUUUUAUGCAUUGAAACUCUGCUCAGAGCCUCGCUUGAUGAGGUGUGGAUCAGAGAAUUGGGCAUGGAGAUAAAUAUGUCUAAUUUAUGUACUCCUGGUGUUUUGGUAAUUAAUUUCUAUUAUAGGAAAAUCAAGAGGCCACGAGUUAGGCGUGUUAAGCCCAGUGCUGCCUGAUUUUCCAUUUGUUGAGUGAAGCUCUGUGCCAGGAGCAAAGUCUUGCAAAUUUACCCUGUAUCUGACAAAAUCAGUUUCCACUUGUGUAUUAGUUAGAAUGAAGCUUCAGUUCUGAAGCUAAAAUGCUCCAGUGUUUCACAGGAAUUGGAGCAUAGUGGUGACUUUGAUUAAACCAGUGUUUGGUAAAAUUCAUUACAUAUUUUGUGCAUUUGUCAGUACAAAAAUAAAAAUUUUGAAAAGAA